AUGAUAUAAAAAUGGCAAUACAAAUCUGACGGACAGGAUAUCAAAAUUAUUUUUUCCUAUAGCAAGGAAACUGAUUGAUAGCCAUUUUGAAGAGCCUUUUGUUAGUGUUUUGUGAAUGUUUUCAUCAAAAUUUUGCAAAAAUUAAACAAUACGACAGUAAAUAAGUACUAUUCUAAUGCAUAUUUAAUAUAAUUAUCUCAUAAAUAGACCAUACAUCGCAGUGUUUUCGUUUAGUGGACGCGCAUUGUGGGAAAAAGAACCGGAACGGACAUCACCGUAUUUUAGAUCUGUUUUAAUAUCAAAUGUGAAACUUCGUAUUCAUUGUGAAAGUGGAAGUUUUAGUUCAUCGUACGAAGUGAACUGCCUCAUUACAUUAUUUACGUCGCGUGUAUUUGUUCGCUACGUAAAUCGAGAUCGCCACAAGAUGGCCGCCGUCGGAUGCCCGCUCCGCCAAAUCCCGCUCGCGAGGCCCGAUGUGUCAUCCGCUGGCGAAGGUGUUUCGGGCGCGCUGUGAACUGGCGUCUAGCGUCGCGACCGACAUCACCGGUCGCUUCCGGCGAAGUUCCAUUCUGUAAAAUGGAAUUUCGCUCGAGGCGCCAAAAUACGAUGGGUGUUGACACAUCUUUCGCUGCGAUACCGUACCGUUACUUUGACGGCCGCACUAAAUAAUCGUUGACAAAAAUGAGCGAGCCAGCAGAAGUAGGAAAAGAAGUGUGGAAGCGAUGGAUUCUCGAGGCGAUACAUAAGAUACGGUCACAGAAGCAGAGGCCGAGCCUGGAGAGGAUAUGUCACGCGAUCAGACAGCACCACAACUACCACGAGGACGUGGUCUCGGAGCGCCUGGAGCGGGCGGUGCGCGAGGGCGUCGUGCUGAAGGUGUACAACAAGGGGCAGAGCACGUACAAGGACCCCUGCGGGCUGCAGAGCAAGGUGCUGCGGAUCGCGGCGGACGCGGACGUGUCGCGGGCGGUGGCCAAGGCGGUGCGCGAGCUGGGCGAGCGGGACGGCUCUAGCCUGAAGACUAUCGAGAAGCACUUGCGGCAAGCGUACCAAGUGUCGGUGGAGGAGAACGCGGACGUGCGGAACGUGCUGCGCGGCGCCGCCAAGCGCGCCGUGGCCCGCGGCCUGCUGCUGCACCACGCGGGCAACUACAAGGCCACGGAGCGCCCGCUCGCGGCCACCGACCGCAUCGCCAAGCAGAAGAGGGCAGCCGACACCUCGGAGAGUAACUCGAGUCCAGCGGGAGUGCCAGUGUGUGCGGAGUGCUUGGGCACGGAUGCCAGGAAUCGGCUUGCAGUGGCAGAGAGCUUGAUAGUCUGCAGCCAGUGCAAGUCGUACGCUCACCCCACCUGCCUGAAUUUGCUGGACUAUAUUAGUUUGACCAUUUUAAAGAGCACGCGCUGGUGCUGCGGCGAGUGCGCGCGCUGUGCGGCGUGCGGGCUGAGCGGCGAGUGGGCGUCGCGCUGCGCCGCGUGUCCGCGCACGGCGCACGCGCGCUGCCGCCGGCCCCCCUGGCGCUGCGACCUCUGCGCCGACAAGCCGCACACGCCUCGGGUGACGAUGGGCGGGACACCGAAGAAGAGGAAGCCGAAGACGCCGGCGCGCCGCCUGGACUCCGACGACGAGCCCUCCGACGGUAAUAGCUCGCCGCACUCGCGCCCCGCGCCCCGCCUUGCCCCCCGCCCCGCCGAGCAGAGAAUGUCCAAGGAGAAGCAGAAGUUUUUCAGAUUCUCCGCCUUCAACCUCGUGAAGCGCCGCCGCUGCAGGGAGUCCUCCAGCGAGUGGGAGGGCUGGGGCUCGCAGUGGGGUGGCAUGAGGGUCACGCGCGUGCAGCGCUUGGAGCUGCGGCUCGAGAGGCGCUCGCCCUCCGAGCGCUCCUCCUCGGACAGCUCCCCUCCGCGCCGCGCCCUCCCGCCCGCGCUCGUCGCCCCGCAGCCGCCCCCCGACAGGCGGAUCCCCACCAUAUUCGAGCGCCUCGCCACCGACACGACGCCCGACGGCUCGUGGGGUUUCGCCGCCGAGGCGAGGAAGCAACAGGUCAUCGAACCGCAAACCUCUCCCACUCGAAAACACUCCGCCUCCCCCGAAAGAAAACCCGCCCAACCCGUCGAGAGGCAUCGAAGACGCAGCAGAUGCGGCGACAGACUCUUGACCACUCUCUUUGACGGUCUGUCGGAGUUCUACUCCGUACGGACGGCGUCUCGCUCGCAGUCGCGGCCCCGACUCAAACGAGAGAGCGAAGACAGACAAGUGUUAAAGGAAACCAGGAGUACCUUUAAACGGUAUCAAGCUACCUUGCAGCAAGACAGACGCAGCCGGGAGCGAAGUCGAUCCAUAACACGGGAGAGUAGAAACUCUCGAAGUCAGAGCAGAAACGCUCGAAGUCAGAGCAGAAAUGCUCGAAGUCAGAGCAGAAAUGCUCGAAGUCAGAGUAGAAAUGCUCGAAGUCAGAGUAGAACCGCUCGUUGUCGGAGCCGGCCGGCUCGCAGUCAGAGCAGAGCGGUACGGAGUCCGAGUAGAAUCACACGGAGUCAGAGUCGAACGAGAGGGCGGAGUCGUGUACAGAAUGUAAAUAAAGUGCGGAGUGAGAGUAGGGGAAGAGAGAGUGGGGGAAGCGAGAGCAGGGGAAGUGAGAGUGGGGAGGUGGUGAAGCGGGAGCUGCGGAGCCCCGCGGAGGCUGCGGAGCGACUGAGCGCGUCGGCGCUCGUGGUGCUGGCGGCGGAGAACGCGCGGCGCAACGCCCCCGCGGACGCGCAGCCGCACAAGCUCGCGUUCGCCUCGCCCGCCGGCGCGCACUCGGAGGGCAAAAGACUACCUCCGGGUGUAACAGAGGCCGACGCAGAGCUGUUCUCGCAAGCCCGCACAGCCAACGGCGCUGAGGGCGAGCUGGCGGUGCCCUCCGCCUCGGGGGCGGCCGGGGCUGGCCCUCCGCCGCCGCGGUGUCCCUCCGCCAUUGAGUUUGGACAGUGGGAGAUCGAGACCUGGUACUCCAGCCCUUUCCCGCAAGAGUAUGCCAGGUUACCAAAACUAUUCCUGUGCGAGUUUUGUUUGAAAUACGCGAAGAGUCGAGCAGUUCUGAUGAGGCAUUUAGACAAGUGUCUGUGGCGACAUCCGCCCGCCACGGAGAUCUAUCGCUGCGGCGACAUCUCCGUGUUUGAAGUCGACGGCAACGCCAACAAAAUAUACUGUCAGAAUCUCUGCUUACUCGCCAAAUUGUUCUUAGACCAUAAAACAUUGUAUUACGACGUUGAGCCAUUUCUCUUUUACGUGCUGACAAAAAAUGACAGCAAAGGAUGUCACCUCGUUGGAUAUUUUUCAAAGGAAAAGCACUGUCAGCAGAAAUACAAUGUAUCGUGCAUAAUGACGAUGCCGCAGUACCAGAGACAAGGAUACGGGAGGUUCCUCAUCCAUUUUAGUUAUUUAUUGUCGAGAGAAGAGGGACAGGCGGGUACUCCAGAAAAACCUUUGUCAGAUUUAGGAAGAGUGUCAUAUCACGCGUAUUGGAAAUCUGUCAUUCUCGAAUUCCUUUACGACCACAGAGACAAACCAUUUACAUUUGAAGAAAUCGCUAUCACUACUGGAAUGCAUAUGAACGAUAUUGCUGUGACUUUCCAGCUUUUAGGAUUUGUGAGACACGUUCCAAGUAAUGAAUUCGUAAAAUUGGGAAUUUGUGUGGACUGGCACAAGGUUGAGAAUCAUAUGAAAAAGUUAAGAAGUAGAGAAAGACUCGAAAUUGAUCCUGAAUGUCUCAGGUGGACGCCACUGCUGGCGCCCACGAUAAAUCCAUUCCGAUCGCCCGAAGAAGGUUCCGGGGACACGGGCACUGAAAUCGAUGACAAAGAGGAGAAUGAUCUGAAAACUGAAAGUGAAAAUACAGAAACUGAACCAGAAACCUUACCGCAAAAAUCUGAAAUAAGUACUAAACACUCAGAAAAGGAAACCUCUGAAGCACCGGUUGAAGUUACUUCAUCUGGUAGAAGAAGAACACGGCCGUUGAAAUAUAGUGAAAGUACUUAUCAGACAACUCCGACGCUCGGUGGUGACGGUACCAGAAAAAGGAAACGUGAUGUCAGUAGAAAGAUAUCUGAAAGCGUUGAGGACGACAAAAAAGAACCGGAAGUCACACCUCGAAGACAAAGGAGUAAGAGCGUCGCUCGGAAAUCUAAAGCAAUCCAAGAAGAAGUCAUUGAGGAGAUCACUCCGAGAAGCAGGAGAAAAAAUGUGGUAGAGCCGGUUUAUGCCUCUGAUAGUCAGGAGAGUCAGGAGAGCAUAGAUUCUCGUAUCGACGUUCCUGCACCCACUGUUAACGAAGUCAAAACGAAAGCUAAAAGAAAAACGGCAAGGAAAGGGCGGAAAAGACAAAAGGGUAAAACUACAGCCCGAAGCAGUUCGCCUACGGCUAAAAAAGCAAAAGUCGUCGAAGAAAAGGAAGUUAUUGAUUAUAAAACUGACGAUUCGGCGACCGAACAAUCUACUGAUGCAGCGCCUGUCGACAAUCAAGCUGAAGCAACAAAUGCGCAGAAUGAGAAAAAGGCCGAAGAUAAAGAUAAGAAUUCUGAUGCCAGCUCUGAAGACUCGUCAGGAGAAGCCGAUGACGAGAUGGAUGUCGAAGAAGGCGAAGAGAAGACGAGUGUUGCGAGUAAACCGGCUACACCCCGACACAUGGAAGAGAACAGCACUGAUCAUCACACGAGUGACAUGGAGUUGGAUAGCAUACACAUGGAUUCGCCAAAAUCUUUAGCAGAAAAGGAUCAAGUGAUAGAUGAAGCCAGUAAAGAAAAACCAGAGGACCGUACGAUCAUAGAAAACGGCCCUGACACAGUGAAUAUGCCUUCCGACAAUAUGGACACGAGAACACCUAACGAGACAACUGACAAUUUAAAAGCACCAGAAAUUAGAAAUGGUGAAAUAAAGUCUCCAAACAAGUCUGCUCUAGAUGAUAAAGAUACCAUUGUUAUAUCAGAGUCUGACGACAACAACAGCCAGAGCUGUCCUUUACCAUCUCCUAAACCAAGCGAUGUACCACCAGUGCUGCCCAACGAUGUGAAAGAGAAAGAUUUGAUGCAUACCGAAAGUCCUUCAAAAGUUAUACCCGCCGUUUCUACGGAGAAUUCUCAUAUCGUUCUCGACGCGAAGGGCCCAUCGGACAGUUUAAUCAGACCCCCCGUCGACCUUAUCGUGCCGAGGAUACAUCAGAUAGAGACCAUCGUGGUGGAGGGAGAAUCUGAUAACGCUAAUUCGCCACAAACGGGAGUAUCCCCCAAGAAAAUCGAGAAAACGGUCAUAAGCGAAUCACCAAAACAGAAAUCGCCAGAGAAAAUUCCUACAGAGAUGACGUGUGAGCAAAAAAAGUGCGAAAUGAGGAAAGAAACGGUCAUUCAACAUCAGGCUGUUGAUGAAAUGAAAUCCGCGGAGAAGAAAUCGCCGAACAAAAUAGAGUCCAUCAUACAAAAUUUGGACCCCCACAGAGAGCUCGCGAACAGUUUAAAGAAGCCAGACCCACCGAAAAUGGAUUGUUACAACGACAUUGACGCGCGAAAACAUCAAAUCGCUUCAUCUUUACAAAUCCCCAUUACGAGUAAAGAAAGCGAAAACCCAUUUCGUCCCGACAUGUUGUACACAAGAAAAGAUGAAAUCGUAGUUUCGCGAAGUAUAAUCGAGAAUACUAUACAAAAUUACCAGAAUUCUUUGAGCAAUUCGAUGACGAUACAACCAAUAAAUGCUGCACAGUUGCACAAUUCAUACUUGAACCACAGGCCCAGUGUGAGCAAAGAGUCUCAGUCUGUGCAGACAGACAAAGUGCUCAUUAAAACCAGUGAUGCCAGCAGAGUCAAUAUGAACAUGUCUGAUUCAUCUCCAGCAAUCAGCAAAAGCACUACAAAAUUGGAAGUUCCACAUCCUAUAACAUCCCCCGUGGUGAACCCAGUCAUCCCUAAAGUCCCCAAUGUGUCAGAUAUAAAUUUUUUACCCAGAUGUCAAAGUGCUAAUGCAGCAGUCAAUUUGGGCAUUGAAAGAACGGAUUUAGAGACAAACUUCGUCAGCAACGCCAUGCAUAAUACCUUGAGUGGCUCUAUGAGCAUAAUACCUACAUCUAACCAAGAUAAAAUGGACCCCAACCAAAAACCUAGGGAGAAAAGUAAACUGCGUGAUGUAAGAGUUAAUUCCGCUCAUAGUAAAAUGGAGAAAACUGAGAAGAAGGGGUCAAAAAACGAAACGCCCCGAAGCACGCCGGAACCGAAAAUGUUUUUUCCAGAACAAAAUGCACCCGCGAGGAAACCAGAAACAUCCGUCCCAACGAAUGUGAUCAACACUGCAGCGAUCACCAGUAAAGUUGAACCCAAAGUGACCGAGGCGCCGAAGAAACAAGAUUUUUUUAAAAAGGAGAAAUCAAAUGCUAACAAAUGCGACCCGAAAAAUACGUCAGUGAAACAUGACAAAACCUGUUCAGCCCAACUCCAUUUAAAAGCAGCAGAGCAGAAUGACUUAAAUAAAUUGCUGCCGAAAUUAAAGUAUGAUAACGAGCUCAUGCCUAAAACUGACUACACCAUGAACCAAAUAACCAACUACCCCACAACCCACGCGCAGUACCCGCAGUGGCCGCCGUGGGACCCGACGCGCACGUGGGAGCACAACCGAUUUUUAGACAUUAAAAACAACGACAAGACCUAUUUGGAUAAGUUUCAAGGAUUCAAUUUGCCGCCAUUGGAUCAGAUGCAGAAAUCGCCUCAAAAACUACAUCCGAAGUACGAUCAAAAGGAUUUCCAUAAUAUCGCUUAUGGGGCUUUGUCUGGUAGCAUUUACGCUACCACCGGGCUUCCACAUUUUAAAGAAACUAAAGCACCCACAUCGAAAGCAUCCGACUGUUCGCAAAAGAACGACUGUAAGCCAACCAAACAGUCGAAAACGACUACGGCAUGCCAAACUCAGUGUGACAACAAGAAAUCACAAUCACACAAUACAACAGAAGCGCAGAUGAAGCAAAUGAUGCAGCGGCAGGUCAACAAACAGCAGGAGGUGGUGACCAGUUGCGCAGACUAUCGCCAGAGUCCGCAGAUCCUCACAUCUCCAGGGUGUAAACCGUUCAACCAGAACGGACCAUGUGGACAAGAAAAAGUUGAGAUCGAGAAGAAGUCUCGUCAACAUUCCAAAAAGGACGAGUCCCCGAAGGAUAUGAGUAAAGAGGAAAUGUGUGAGGCAGUGAGUCCCGCUUUGCAGUCCAUGGGAGUGUAUACACCUGACUCCACUAGCAACUCUGUUCAUUCCGUGCAGUAUCCGGCCUGUGAAUUGGACAUGAGUCAAAUAAGCUUGGAAUCACCGACUAGUAUCAGCUCGGACCUGGCGAGUCCUUGCUACAACAUGCACCCGGCCCCCAGCCCGCAGUACCCACACUCGUCGAUACACAUACCCUCGAUCAUGAGCCAACCCAAUCAGCCGCCGAAGCAACAGAAAAUUAAUAAUAGGAAUAGGAACAGCACGAGCGCGUCGAGCGGCGGCGCGGACAAGGGCGUGCGCGGGCCCGCCACGCCGCCCGCGCGCCACCGCGCCACGCCGCCCCACGUCGCCACCACGCACGGCGGCGGCGUGAUGCAGGGCGGCGCGGGCGGCGCGGGCGGCGGCGGCGCGGGCUACCAGGGCGGCUACCUGUCGUUCCAGCAGCAGCAGCAGUAUCACGCGGGCUGGGCGCCCUCGUGCUCGCUCGCCAAGCUGCAGCAGAUGGCCGAGGCGCCGCAGCACCCGCCGCACACGCCGCCGGCGCCGCCGCAGUACGGGCAGCAGUCGGGCACGCCGCCCGCCGGCCACUACCACGCGCCCAAGUACUACGCGCCCGCGCACAACCAGCUCGAGUCGCCGCGCAACACUAGAAACACUACCAGUAAUUUAAGCCCCAUGCAACAUGUCCAGAUGGGUCCCGGUUCACGGAUGUCCCCAAAUCUAAAUACCCACAUUAUCAGCCAGUACGGACUGAACGGCUACCGAGUCACACCUCAGCAGCAGUUCAACAACCUCCCAGUGCAAAUGAUGAACGUACAACCGGGUGUACAAUACCCCAGCCCCGACCCAAGGGCCCAGCAACCCAACGUGUAUGCAUAUGGGUACAUAAAUGCCCCGCCACCUCUCACUAUGCAAAGCUUGAACUCGACGAUGCGUCGGUAGCCUCGACCAAAAACCCAGUGCCGGAAACAGUGAUCAGUGCUAAGUGACAUCAAGUGAUCAGAGUGACAGUGUCGGACACAAAAGUGAAUCGCUUCGGCACAAAACUAGUUAUUCAUAAAGAUGGUUUAAAACUAAAAAAAUAAACCCUGACCAAAAAGGAUUGUAUAGUAAAUAUAGGCGAUAGUUUUAAGGUAUAGUACAAAUAAUCGAAAUAAUAAAGCGGCUUAACUUCUUUUGUAUAUAGUUGAUGUAAUUUGACAAUUAACACCACUUGAGUUGCCUUACCCUCCGCACUAGUGGCCGACCACCUUCUGUUGUACUGAUAGCAGUAUGUCAACGGCAGCUUUGUUUUGUUUUGUAUAUUUUUGGUACAGAUUUAAGGAAAAAGAUAUCAAUUUGGUAUAAAGAUGUAGGAUGUGAACAAAUUGCUGAAAAAUUAAGUCUGACUAAAAAAAAUUCUGAUGUAGCUCUAAUUUAACCUCUCUGGGCAUGUCAUACAGCCUUCAGAGGGAGGGUGAAUGUGCUCGGCAAUUUGAACUAAAUGAAAAUAAUAUCAUUUCAAUUGUUUAAGCCAUGCCAAGUUCUGAUGUUUCAAGACUAAUUUAAGAUAAUUGGUUUUUUAUUUGUUUAUAAUAUAUAAUACAGAUUGUUAUCUUUUUCUUUAAAUAUGUGAUUGUAGAUAUUCUUUAAUCUUUUGAGAAUACACGGUAUCCGGUAUUAAAGCUGAAUAAAGUACAAAAUUGCUGAUAAAAAUGUAUUUAGAGAAACUGUUGUUGUGUAUAAUAGUGGACGCUGUGUCAGGGAAAACUUAGCAUAAUUGAAUAGUGCAAUAAGCAAAGAUUUUAUACUAUUAGAUAUGUUACGUGCCUACUAAAUCACCGCAAAAAGUGAUCCGAAUUUAGCUCCUCCACUGACCGCACACAUGCACAAUUUUGUGUUUACUUACGUAAUAUAUUUUUGUGUACAUAGUUUUUACACUUUCUGAACACAUAACUCGACAUUGUAGACAAUAUUUGUGUAUCAUUUGUUUAAAUAACCUUCCUUGUUCGCUAUGCGACUAAAUGAAAUUACGACAAUUAGCUACUUUAGUGUGCUGCGCUAGUGACAUAUCUAUAGUAUAAAAUAUCGUUGGCAAUAAGUGUAUGUGGUUCAGUGGAGAACAGCACAUUUCGUUUUUAAUGGUAAUAAUUUGACGUUUUAACCGAGCAGGGUUUAGCCUGUUAGAAUAAUGCAAAGUCAAAAACUAUUUUUGUAUUAGCACUGUGGUAGUAUUCAUUUAAUCAUGAAUAUCAACAUUUUUUGGACCCAGUUUGAGCUAGUGUAACAUCAUUUGUAAAUUAUGUCACACUGUUUUAGGGCAUUUUUGCAGUUGGUCAUAAUUGUCAAGCUUUUAUGACAUUAAUUUGAUGAUGUUAGGAGGCCCUUGUCAAGGCUUAAAGUUGGUAAUUUUGUGUGACGCCUUUGAAAUUACAACAAUUUAUUUAGUGAUUCUUUGGAAGUUCUUCUCAAUGCUUUAAUUUGUUUUAUUUAAAUAUUUUUAUUGGAAUGAAACAUAUAAAUAACAAUCAAAAUCUUAAAACCAAUGAUUACUUUAUUACGUACCACUAAUAGUGAUCUCUUCCAGGCUACCUAACAUAAAGAAAUGUAUGUUUGUAAUGUUAAUAGCUUUGUUACAUUUGUGUGAUAAUAUUGGUAUUACAAUACAGUAACUUAGUGAUUCUUGGACUUGGAAAAUUGUAACUUUGAUAAACCUUGAGAGAGUCAUUAUGUUUUUAAAAUGUGUCACACAAAUUUUAUUUUCUUUUAUAUAUUUUUUUUUAAAUAUUUGUCAUAUCUUUUAAAUAUGACCUGUGUUAGGACAAUAGACCAAGGGUCUGAGAUUGAACCACCACCCCUCAGUGAUGAGUUCUACUGCUCAUACCGUUAAGCUAUUGAGGCUUUAAUAUAUUUAUUUAUUUAGAAAGGAAAACUUACAGCUAUAUACAGAAAGAACAAAAUAACAAUAUAGAAAAAAGAAUAUAGCUAAUUAUAAGUUUUCGCAAAUAAAAAUGUGAUGAAAUCUUGAGAAGAGCUUUCAAGAAUCAAAGUCAACAAAGUCAAGAUUACCAACUAAUUAUCAACUUCUGAGCCCCUCGCCAUGUUGUGGUUUAAUUUAUACAUGAUCCCUUAGUUAAAUCAUCACUCGUAAGAUGUGUUCUAUAGCCAUUUCAAAUAUCCAAGUCAUUGCAAAGUCAAGUAUAUCAUUCACUAAUAUACUCAGAGGCACAAUUAUCCGCCCUAUAUGACGCGUGUAUAUUAAUGUGGGCGGAUAAUUGUGCCUGUGAGUAUAGUUUAUAAUAUCAUUGCUCAGUUGAAUCAGAGGGUUAUUUGUCUUACCACUGUCCAGUGUUUCUUUGUUUAAAGGGAGUUUAUUGUGCAAUGUAUCAAGCAUAUUUUUGGUAUCAAAAAAAUUGUAUAUAUUUUUUGUAUAAUUUAAUUUUAUAAUAUACUAGCGGACGCCCGCGACUUCGUCCGCGUAAAAAUCGAUGUCAACUUUCAACCCCUAUUUCACAUUCUAUUUUGCAAGUUUUAUAACUUAUACCUAAUAAAUAGUCCACUUAUCAUUUUACGUUUACAAAUGUUCCUAGAAAAAUUAAGGACUUUCCCUACAAACUUUCUACCCCUACUUCACCCAUUUCUGAUUUUGUUUUCGCGACAAAAAGUAUCCUAUUAUCCUUCUACGUAUUAUGGUCUCAAAUCGUCUUAAGUAUCAUUUGAAUUCAUUCUGUAGUUUCAGCGUGAUGCACGGUCAAAAAAAAGGCAAACAGACAGACAAAAAAUAGAAAAUAGGCUUCAGUAUCGAUCUCCUACCUCUACCCUACUCCUACCCUACCCGUACCCUAACUGUAUCCUACCCCUACCCUACCCGUACCCUACCCUACCCGUAAUCUUCCCUUUCCCUACCCCUAGGAACGGGGUAGGCCCUACCCCUACCCUACCCCUAACCUAGGCAUACACUCCCCUACCCUGCCCUACCCCACCCUACCCCUACCCUACCUUUACCCCUACCCUACCCUUACACAACUCUACCCUACCUGUACCCUACCCUACCCUAAAUAGAGACUUCUAUGCUAAAAUUAUAAUGUCUGGAUCUACUGGACCGAUUUAGAAAAUUCUUUUACCAGUAGUAAGCUACGUUAUUUGCGAGUGUCAUAGGCUAUGUUUGAUCCCCAUAUUCACACGGGAACGGGAACUACUUAAUUGAAAGCGCGGGGCGUCAUGUAGCGGAAUUUCUGCGUCUUUUAGAAAUUUUGUAUUAUCUCCGAAACUAUUUAACUUAUUAACAUACUAUAAAGGGCAAAUCUUAUCUCCAUAAUAUCCUUGUGAUUAUUAAAUAAUUUAUUUUGAUAAGGAUUUAAGUUAAGUAGCAUAAAUAAUGACGCAAACCUAAGUAUAUAAAAUUAAUAAUUUUUAAAACACAAAAGGUACUAUAUCUGCUAAUAUAUAGAAGAUAGAUAUAUGGCGUCGCGGACUUUUUUGUAGAACUUCUAAUGAUACAUGAAGCCUCCAUACAUUAAUUUCAAUUUUACUCAAUGGUUAAGGCAGCGCAUGCGAAAAAGUCUGCUUAAGAGGAUUUUCGGUCCGACCUGUAUGACAAAAACUGUGUUAACUCGGCUAAUAUAUAUGAUACCUAUAUAAAAUAUAGCCUAUAGCACUCCCCGAUAAUGUAGCAUUCUACUGGUGAAAGAAUUUUUGUAAUCGGACCAGUAGUUCCGAAGAUUACCCCAUUUAAAAAAUGUGACAAACUUACAAACUUACAAACUUUACCUCUUUAUAAUAUUAGUAUAGAUUAGUACAUAUAUCAUAUUAAACCUAUAUUAUUUCUCAGUCUACAAUCAAUAUUGGUUCUUUUAUUGCUAACGUCAACCAUAUAUAACAACUCUUAAUUAUUACACAUUUUUUUUAAAAAGUAAUCAGUAAGUUGUGACUACUAUAUGUUCAGAAAUAAUAGUGACGGUGAUAAUACUAUUAUAAAGAGGUGAAGUUUAAUAGUUUUUGAGGCUGUAAGCCUGUACGCGAUAAUCUCUGGAUCUACUUAACUAAUUUUGAAAAUUGUUUUACCAAUACAAAGCCACGUUCUUUUGAUUUUGUCAUUGGCUAUGUGAACCCCCCGUAUUCCCACUGAUAUGAACUACGCAGGUGAAACCGUGUGGCGUGAUAGUGUAUUAUAUAAGUUAUAGCUUGACAAAUUCGUUCGUAACACUGCCGAUGGUCCGCGCGGACCGGGAGGGUGGUCAAGAUGCCCCGCGCGCAUACUCGCGCACUCCUUCACUAUGCCUCGCGCGCAGUCUUUCCCCCCGUUGCCCGCAUAUCAUGGGAGUGUCGUCAAUGAUUAUGCUAUAGUGUAUUAUACAAGUUGUAUUGCGCAAUCAACUCCCUGGGUUCAAUCGGCGCAAGAACUGUGAUAUAUUUUCGACAGUGAUAUAAGGAAGGCGUGUGCUUAAAUCAUGAUAAAUUAUAAUAAUUAAUUAUUUUGAUUUCCCAAAGAAAACGACUAUUUAAGUGAUUGUGCGUAUAUCAAGAAUUAUUAGAGUGCAAUUAUUUACAACACAAAAAAUUAUUGAUGAAAAAAAAUCAUUUUGAAAACUCCUUUAUAUUUAUGUAGAAUUACAGUGCCCUGUAUGUGGUUGCACAGAACAAGCUUUUGUGGUUUUUGAACUAUACUCAGGGGCACAAUUAUCCGCCCACUUUAAUGUACUCGCGUCAUAUUAAAAUGGGCGGAUAAUUGUGUCUCUGAGUAUAUAAUAAAUUUAAGUGACAAUUUAUUUAAAUAAUAAUCAAAUCAAAUCAAAUUGAUACAACAACUUAAUUUGUAUAUUUUAGGCAUUUCAUGAAUUUCAUUUAUGUAUUACAUAAACUUUUAAAUGUCCCUUUGUCUUUAAUUAGUUAUUUAUGCUAAAAUUUUAUUAAAUAUAAUUAUUUAAAAAACAUUUUUUUUCGAUAUAUGCUAUUUAUAUGUUUAAUGAAUGUACAUGUAAUGAAAUUUUCAUUUUUAUCUUUUAAGUGUUUUUCUUUGUAAUCUUGUUGAAGACCAUUAAUGCUUGAUCUGUGCUUUUCCUCCCGAGGGUACAAUUUUGUUUUUGUAAUGUUCUGUACAGUAGGUGUGUAACUGUAAGUUUGUAUAAGUUUCGUAUUUACUCUGUUCUCAGAAGUGCCUCUUUCUCGUCCCGUUAAAUGCUUAGUUUUCGUUAGUGUUGCAUUAGAUCAGCCAUACUUAUAAAUUUAUUAAAUUAAUUAAAAAAAAAAAAUAAUAAUUACAAAAUAUGCAUCUGUUAUUGUGGUGAUUUUAGAAGCUUCAGUUCCAAUUGUGUUUCAUUGCUGGCAAUGAAAUAUAUUUAAAAGUAAAUUAACAUAGAUAUUAUUCAUUAAUAGUUAAAAGUUAUUUUUAAUUUGGCUGCCUUAAUGGAAUACUAAUUUGAUUAUUCUAUGUAAGAUAUUGUAAAUGCUUUUGAUUAACUGAAGGCUGUACACAUAGAAUUCGUACUUUUAGUAUAUUUGUAUAAAUAAUGAAGUAAUAUUUUUUUUUCUCAAUGUGAUAGUGUUAGAGGGACCGUAGGAGAGAUCGGCUGGACUCACAGAAACAUGGCAACUGGCCUGUGUGGAGACAUUUAUUCAUUGAUAUAUAAUAGUGCUACAAAGUUUUCUGACCCGGUGCCCAAAACUGAAACUAACCUUUGAAUGAAGCAACCACCAUAUUUCAAAACAUUAUACUGAAAGCAAGAGACUUUAACACCCUCAUCGGGCUAGAUCAGUUUGUGGCACUAUACAAUUGAGUUUAUUUAACUGGCACAUGUGUAACAUAUUUGGAAUCUUAGACAGAUAAGUAUAUAGACAGAGAGAUAGAUAGAUCCAUUCCUUAAGCAUUUUCUAUACUAAUAUAAUAAAGAGGUAAAGUUUGUGAGGUUGUUGGGGGGGUAAUCUCUUGAUCUACUGAAACAAAUUUAAAAGUUUUCUUUAAUAUUGAAAAUCACAUUAUUUGUGAAUGACAUAGGUUGUAUUUUAUGUUCGUGUUCUCAUAGAUCCCGUAACUUCGCGGGUAAAACCGAUGGGCGUCUUCUAUGAGUAUUGGUAGUAAAAAUGAGAUGAGGCUAUUCUAUAUUCUGUGUAUGAUAUACAAGUACAAUCAUGAUUAAAAUCAAACAUACAUAUCGUGACCAUACAAGCUGUCAUUUACUACUUUUAUUUUAUAGUUCGGUGAGACAUUGACAUUUGACAUAACACGUCUAUGUAUGAUAAAAUGUCAUGUUUUUUGCAAAUAAAUGAUUAAAUUACAGCCUCAACUUGUUACAAAUUAUAACUUAUCAGUUACCUUAACGUAAACGGUAGGAAAUGGUCCAGUGUCUAUCUUUGACUUACAAGUUACAACUCAUUGUCUAUUGUCUUUUCUGUCUACGGUUGCAAUAGUGAUGGUAAAGGAUGUUCUUCAUGAUUCAUAGUUUAAUGUUUCAGAUACAAAAUCAUUGUCAUCAUUGUACAUCUACUUUUAGAGGAUUGUUUGGCUUUGUAGUGGUGAAGUGUACAAACAGGCAUGUUUGUGUAAAAAUAAAGGAACGUUAGGAAAGAAACAUUUUAUAAAUAAAUUGUAUCUGUCCAUGAGUGAUUGCUAUUUGCUAAGCAACUGGUAAACUGGCUUCGAUAUAACAAACAUAUCCCUGUGUCGCUUAAAAUAAUUUAACAUUGAGUUUCUGUUCUGCUGACGUUUCUUUACGUGACCCUUACAAGUAAGUCGACUUGUUGUAAACUUUACUGCAUCCAAAGCCAUCUUUCUAAAGUGGAACUUUUAUACCUAGUUACAGUCAUUAACAUGAUGUUUCUAGAAUAAUAUAUAUACUCAGAGUCCCAAAUAUCCGUCCACUUUAAUAUACUCGCGUCAUAUUAAAGUGGGCGGAUAGUUGUGCCUCUGAGUAUAUGUUUGCAUGUAUCUGAAACAUUUUUGUGUGUCAAUGACUAUAAUGUGAAGGGUUGAUUUUUAUAUAUAUUUUGUUUUAUUUUGUAACGCGUAGCAUAAAUAUAUUAUUGAUAGUUUCAUUUUCUAUGCGCUUUUGACUUUAAGGAUUAUUUUCGUGUUAACUUCGUUAAUUUAUUGCCAAAUGUUAUAACACUUAGUUGCAGGAUAGUUAGGUAUUGUUUUAGGUCUGUCGCCGCGGUCGCUGUUGUCGGUUGGAUUAAGUUAUUUAGUAAGAUCUGCUCCUGUAAGGUUAUGAAUGUUAUUUGUUACUAAAGUGUAGAUUAUUAAAUAUUGUAAAUAUUAAUAUACAUUAAGACUUGUAGCAGGUGUUAUCACACAAAAUAUAAUUUUGUGAAAUAAUU